GUGAAAUAUGGUGUAUUUCGGAGAGCAUAUCACCGAAUGAAAAGGUGUUGCAUGAGGGGGCAGGAUAUUUCAAAAAUGAGUAGCUCAGGUGCACGAAUCUCUAGAGCACCCCAAAAUAUACACUGAACGGUAUUGACAGGUGGUCGAUAGCUCCGAGUCCGAGUUACUCCGAGCACAAAGCGGCUCAUAUUUUAUGUCUGUUCGACAUGCCAAAAACCGAAAUACGAAAUUAUAAUUUGUUGAUACAGUCUCAUUUAGCCCAAUUGCCUCAAGAAGACUCUGGAAACUGUGCGGUAAUCACAGAUUAAAUUAAUGUAGAAGUUUCGUAUGGAUCUUUAAAAACAGAUGUUUCCAUAAUGUUACUCAUCACCAUUCACGCCAUUUUGACAACUGAAUGGUUGUGUGUUGUGUUGACGUUACACGUCACUCCUCCCUCUUCCGAAAAAAAAGCUUGAAAAUCGUUCAUGUGGUAUUCGGACACUGAAAAACGUAAAAAAUGUAUAAAACUGUACUUCUUCUGCUAUGUGGGGCCCUAAUAACAGCUACAGAGAACGUAAAUAAGCAGUUAGUAUUGAAAAAUGUGGACCGAUCAAUAGAUUUGACCACCCAAUUAGUCAAAGUAUCAGCGACUAUAACCAUAGAAAACACCGGCAAGGAGGCAACUCGCACUUUUCUCCUGGUAAAUGAACCAAAUACCCCAGAAGAAAGGGUAUCUUAUAUAGGAGCCAAAGAAUCAAACAAGUAUGAACUCAAAGUUUCUAAAGCAAAGUUAGAUGAUUACCCUGACAAGUCAGCUUACAGUGUUCGAUUGAACCAGCCCCUUGAGUCAGGUCGCACAGUCACAGUGACACUGGAGCAGAUACUGACCAGAAGCCUGCACCCUUAUCCUACCAGCAUAACACAGAAAGAGAAGCAGUUGGUGAGAUAUUUUGGUAACCAUUACUUUUACACUCCUUACGCUGUGAUUAAACAGAAAACUGAUGUAAUGCUAAGCUCAAGAACAAUAGAAAGCUACACAAAACUGAAGCCUGUAUCUCAAAGCGAUAGCACAAUAUCAUAUGGACCUUACAACAACAUUGAGCCUCUUACAGAUGACCAGAUGAUUGUGCAUUUUGAAAACAACUCGCCUUUCUUAACUGUCACAAGGUUGGAACGUUCAAUUGAAAUUUCACAUUGGGGCAACAUUGCAGUUGAGGAGAACAUUGAGAUAAGGCAUACAGGGGCUUUGUUAAAGGGGCCAUUUUCAAGAUAUGACUAUCAACGAGAUACUGCAACCACACAUCACAGUGUUAAGGCAUACAGGACAAUUUUGCCUGCAGCAGCACAUAGUAUUUAUUACAGAGACAGUAAUGGCAAUAUCUCAACAUCAGCAGUGAAGCCUUUCAAGGACUGGAUCCAGUUAGAACUAAGGCCAAGAUUCCCUCUUUUUGGGGGUUGGAAGACGUCUUACACUUUAGGUUACAGUGUUCCCAGCUACCAAUAUCUUUUCAAGAAACCAUCUGGAGAAUAUGUCCUAGUGAUGAGACUUCUGGAUCAUGUUUUUGAUGACAUGCAUGUCGAAGAGUUGAUUACAUCUGUCAUCUUGCCCGUGGGAGUUUCGAAUAUCAAAGUGGUACCUCCUUAUGAAGUUGAACGAUUAGAGGAUGAAGUUACUUACAAGUAUUUGGAUAACCUUGGAAGGAAAGUUAUUAGAUUGAGGAAGACAAACUUGGUGGAACAGCAUAUUCAAGAUUUAGAAAUUUCAUAUAAUUGGCAACAGGCUAUGUUGUUGCAUGAACCUAUUCUAAUAGCGCUUGCAUUGUUUUUGAUGUUCAUUCUUGCUAUUAUUUAUGUAAGGUUAGAUUUUUCAUUGAGUAAGCCUGAACAUAGCAAAAAAGAGUAAAUAUUUACUUAGUUGUAACAGUAUGUAUUAAAAAAUGAAAAUAAAGUUUUGUAUAAAUG